AUGCGAUGGUACCGAGAGGCCGAGCUCAUGCACGGACGCGUGGCGAUGCUGGCCGUCUUCAAGGUCAUCGUCGACUCCUCAUUCCCAGGAGUUAUGCCAUCGGAGCAAGCGGCCUCUGAUUCCACAUGGGAGCUUGUUCAGAUGAUGGCGCUCCUGGAGGCUUUCCGAGGAUACCGUCUCUUCGUCAACCAGGAUGCCAUCGCCGGCGACCUGGGCCUCGGUGCCGGUCCCAUGACGAAUGGCUGGAAGAUGAGCUGGGACAUGACCGUCCAAGAGCUGGCGGAGAAGCAGUACAAGGAGUUGCAGAACGGUCGCCUGGCGAUGCUGGCAUUCGCAGGAAUGAUCACGCAGUACCUGGUCACUGGCCGUCCCGUGGGCUUCGCAGACGAUUCACAGCCGUUUCAGUUCAUUGAAGGGGUGGAACAGGUGGUCAGGGCCAACGACCUGGCCUUGACUGUUGCCGGCUCCGUGAUGGCCCUCGAUGGGAUUCGGCGCAUCUCUAUGCCGGAUCAAUCCAUUGCUGGAAAGGCUCUGAACAUCGCCAAGCUCAGUGUCGGCGUCCAGGCUCCAGAUGUGCCCCUGCCCGAAGGCGUCGUGGCGGGCCAGGUCCCCCAGCAUCUUGACGUCAGCCCUGCGCAGAUCCAGCAGUUUGAGGAAGACGGGGUGAUCAUGAUCAAGGGAGCGAUGAAGGACUGGGUGCCUUUCCUCCGCUCGGUCACCGAAGACCAGAUUGAGAAGCCGCAUCUGUGGUCACUGGUGGGGCGCAUGAGUGGAAUGUACGACUACAUUCAGCGCAACAUGUGGAUGACCAACAACGGCUUCCGUGAUUUCCUGGCCGGGUAUGCGACCUUUAAUCAUAUCCCAAACACGCUGCCUUGUCGAGUGCUGUGCUGCCUGGCAUUUCAUGGCGCUGUCAUGAAGAGACUCUUCAAGAUGCAGACGGUCCGGUUCAACACCGGCAUCUCAAGCAUCCAGACCUCGCUGUUCCUGGAGGCCAGGUCAGCCAAGGUGCCCAUGAUGCCGAUGGUGCCCCGACUCACAAGCCUUGCCCCUGAAUCUCAGGCCACUCCUGCCAGCGAAGAGGCCCAGGCCAACUAUUCACAAGCUGAGCCGUCGGAGGAGGAGGACGGGGACACACAGAACUACACCCUUGGUGGUGCACAGGCGCAGGGCGAAAAUCGCACGGCUGCCCUAGACAUGGUGGUGACCACUAGAUACGAAUGGACCAACCACAGUGAUGACAGCACCACAACGGGUGCAUUGUUCAGCAUGACCUCGACAUCUCUACCUUCGGACGAAAGCAGGAGUUCCGACGAUGCUUGCCGAUGCGCGCAACGAGGCGAAGAGAAGCCGCCAGCUUCCACAAAGGGCGAGCUACCGAAGCUGCUGGCAGAGAUGCGGAAACAUCUGCGGAUCUUUGUAUACCCCUUGGCCACAAAGUGUGGGAGAAUACAGUCAGGCAAUCGUGGGUACUGGGUGGAGUGGAUCUUCUACUCACGGGCGCUCGCCUCAUCCCUUCGAGUCCAGAACGCGGAUGCCGCGACGGUCUUCUACAUCCCCACCUUCACGUCCUGCUGGCGUUCACAGGUGCGCAGCCGCCGCGGGGGCGGAGAACGUGCAGCCCGGGAGCUGCGGAAUGCUCUCCGGACCGUUGCUUCCCAGUGGCCGUAUUUCCACAGGUACAAGGGCCGGAGGCAUCUUUGGGUUUCGGCACAUGACAUGGGCAAGGUGGAGCCCAGCUGGUGUCCGGAACAACGGAAGAAUCCAUCGGAUCUAUGCUCGGAUCACCUGCCCAAUGCACUGGCCAUCAACGGUAGUGUGCUGGCAAACACCGCCGACACUCGUGAUCGUCUUGCGUACGGCGUUUAUGCCUUCAACAGCAAGCUGGAUGUCGCUCUGGUUUGCAAUGGGGACACCGCCCUGGCUCACGCCGGCCGCAAGGCCGUGAAGGAUUCCGGCAGUCGGCGCUACUCAGUCUUCUUCGCGGGCAAGUGGGACAAGAGCUAUGUCAAGGGAGUGCGGUAUGCGGCCAUCAGGAGCAUCCAGAAGCAGAAGUUGACGAAGCCGGUGCGCAUCGAGAAGAAGAUGAGCGACAAGGACUACCGCCAGAGCCUCCAGAGCAGCGAGCUCUGCUUGGCUCCCAGAGGCAGCCGCGUCUGGUCCCCAAGGCUCUUCGAGAUGAUGUGGUUCGGAUGCAUCCCGGUCAUCAUCGCUUCGGGGUACUACCUUCCUGGAGCCUGCUUCUUCGACUGGACAGAGUUUACCAUCAUCGUGCCUGAAGAGAAGGCUGACCAGGCGGGGGAGAUCAUCCUUCCCUACCUUGCGGACUCCAAGCGUCUGACAUCGAUGAGAAGGAAAGUUCUCGAGCUGAGGCACCACUUCGAAUGGAACAGCAAGGAGACCGAGGGCGAUGCAUUUGAGUUGGCGUUGCUGGACGUGUUCUCCGAUGAGCUCUGCGUCCUCAACCGUCCAGAUGGUGAUGGUGAUGGUGAUCCUACGUCUAGGCAAUCUUGGUGCUUUCUGGUCCGGGUGCACAUCCGAUGCUUUCCUCUGCUACUGCUUGAAGGCGACGUGGGCGUCCAUAAUUGGCACUCUGUCAUCCUCUGCCUGGUGCUUCUGGCGUGGCCGGGGAUUGGAUUUGACUGCGGGGCAUGGAAUCUGAGGAUGACAGAGGCGGAGGCCGUGGUCGUGGGUGUCCGCGUGCGGCCCUUCGCCGAGCGCGCGGAGCUUCAGAACAAUGCCACGCUGUGCCUCAGCAUGAGCCAGAAGUCGACCUGCAUACAGGACAGUUCUGGAAAAGAGCAGAUGUUCACCUUCAAUGAGUCUUUCUGGAGCCACGAUGGCUUCGAGGAUGAUGGCACAGGAUAUCUCAGGCCCAAGCGUGGAAGCCAGUACGCUGACCAGAAGUACGUGUUCGACACUUUUGGCAAAAGGGUGCUGGAUAACGCUUGGAAUGGCUACCACUGCUGCCUUUUCGCGUAUGGGCAGACAGGCUCUGGCAAGAGCUACUCCAUGGUGGGAUACGGCAACAACAAAGGUAUUGUGCCGAUCUCUUGCGAGGAAAUUUUCCGCCGCAUCGCAAAGGACGAUGACAACGGCAACUCUUACGAGGUGAUGGUUUCUGCCAUCGAGAUCUACAACGAGGGAGUGCAGGACCUGCUGAUUCCGGUCUUGCAGCGCCCGCGAAAAGGCUUCGAGAUCCGCGAGUCCAAGAUUCUAGGAAUCUACAUCGAUGGGAUUACAAAGAGGCCAGUCGACUCGUACCGUGCCAUUCAUGACACCAUCGAGGAAGCAACGACCCAUCGGACAGUAGGAUCGACUCUGAUGAAUGCCACGUCCAGUCGCGCCCACACGGUGCUAAUGGUGGAGUUUAAGGCCGUGAGUGCAGGAUCUACGCGUGUCUCGAUGAUUAACCUCGUCGAUUUGGCAGGGAGCGAGAAGGUGAAGCAAACAGGUGCAGAAGGCGAGCGAAUGAAGGAGGGAGCCAUGAUCAACAAAUCCCUGAGCGCCCUGGGGAAUGUGAUUGAGAAGCUGGCCGAGAAGUCCACGAACCCGAAGAAGGCAGCCGUGAUCGUCGUCCCGUACCGUGAAUCCAAACUCACCCGCCUGCUGCAGAACGCGCUAGGUGGCUCCAGCAAGACCAUCAUGAUCUGCGCACUGUCGCCCGCGUCUUCCAACUACGAUGAGACGCUGUCGACUCUGCGCUACGCCGACCGUGCCAAGAAGAUCAAGAACAAGGCGGUCGUCAACGAGAACCCGCAGGAGAAGCUGAUGCGUGAGCUGAUGGAGGAGAACCAGAAGCUCAGGGAGAUGAUGGCGGCGCUCAGCGCAGGGCAAGGCUUCGAUGCCCAGACCUUUGAGAACUUGGGAAAGAAGCAGCGAGAGAUCGCCGAGGCUGAGGCGGCUCUGAAGGACAUGCAGAAGAGCUGGGCCGAGCGCCUGCAAGAGGACAAGCAACGACAGGAGGAGCUGAGCACCCAGCGGCGGACGACGAUCAGCCCCACGGUGCCCAUGAUGGUGAACCUGAAUCCCGAUGCCCAGCUCCAAGGGCGAGUGAAGUACUACUUCCCCGAAGGGAAGAAGAUAAUCAUCGGUGGACCUGCGCAGAACGAUUCGGAUUCGGAGAGUGAGGAGAACGAACUCUCCGGCAGCGAGGACACGGAAAGCUCAGAGAAAGAGCCCGAACCUGCGCCGGAUGUCUCCCUUCUUGGUGCUGGCAUCCGCAGGCUGCACGCCAGUGUGGUGAACGACGACGGCUGCUGCAUCCUGACCGCCCUGUGCAUGGACGCUGCCAAGGCGACGUGCCUUAACGGCUUCCCGCUGGAUCAGCUGUUGGAGGACCCGAGGCCAUGUGGUCGCGAACUGCUGGGCGAUGGCCUCGAGCUGAAGCACCGCGACCACCUCAAGUUCGGCCCUUGUUUCUUCGUGUUCGUGAAGCCCACCGAGUGCAGCGCGGAGGCCCUCAUCGCCUCUGGGGAGGCCGACUUCUUCGAGGCACAGAUGGAGGAGACCCGUGCCAAGAGGUCCUUGACCGAGAAGCGGCUGCGGCAAAGCUUGUUCUCACCAAACCAAGUCCUUCCAGGACUCGGUGAGAUGAGGGACAUCGCCGAGGAGCUCGAGCAGAAGAAGCGGGAGCUGCAACUGAAGGACCAGCUCUUGCGGGCCAAAGAUCAGGAGCUGGCAAAGCUCCACGAGGAGUUGGAUGCCUUGCGCCAAGGCGCGAAUCGCGGUUCUGGUGGUGGUCUGGCGAGUGGCGGCCACGACAAAGUCUCAGCUGCCAUUGACGGCACUUUCGAGGACGCCUUGGCUCAGCUGAGCGCUCUGGAGUCAAUGCGGCUCAGAGUUAACGGCCUGCGCCCCUGGCGCACUGCAGCGCGCUUCCCCGAAGACAGCCCAGUCUUCGUGAGGCGGCUGGUGCUAAUGCUUGCGCAAACGGAAGAGGUUCGCUGCUCCACGGACAUGCUCCUCGUCAACCCGAACCGCGGUUUCGGUUGGCACCAGGACAACCAGAACGGUCCCAUCGAGUUUGACGAUGCAGUCCGAUGGUGGGUGGCCAUGGAUGCCUGUGGUCAGGAUGGAAUUGGUGCUCCUGAGUAUUUGUUGGGGUCGCACCGCAACCAGUCUGUCAGCAGUGACGCUGUCUUCGUCAAUCUGGAGGACGGCGACCUUUCAGGCUUUCCCAGGAGCACCAGGUACACGCCUGAGCCGGGAGAUUUAAUCAUCUGGAACGCCCGCACCAUUCACCGCAUCGUGGCGCCGCCGGGCCAGAAGUGGGUGGACGGCACUCAGCGCCGCGCGAUCGGUGGUACCAUGGCCAAGGCUGGCGCAAAGUACAUCAACAAGGGCGGUGCCAGCGGCAUCAGUGACCUUGCAGGACAUGACCAGAAGAACGGUGAGCUGCUCGGAGGCCCCUACUUCCCGCGCAUUUUUCCCGAACGCGUUGAGGAGGAAGAGGCCCGAUGCUGGUGCUAUUUGGCGCAUGUUGAUGUUUCGAUGUUUCCGCACAUCCGCGAGAGGCUACUCUCCUUUGCCAUGCUGCAUGCUGCAUCCGCAAGUAGGCAAACCACAGCUCGCCGCACGGCGAUCCUGGCAGAGCCCGCUGUCCGCUCCACCAAGGUGCACGGCGCCACGCCAUUCUUCGACAAGCCUGAGAGGAUUCGUCGCCUGCUGAGCAGGGCCCUCAACGAGGCCGCAGAUCCUUUGGGAAGCUAUCUGGAGGAACUGGAUGCAGAUCAUUUCCAGAAGCUCAUCGAUGCCUUUCGGCCACACAAGGUGCCCAGGGAUGCCUACGUCAUCGUGCAAGGCCACUAUGUGGAGCAAGACAAGCCUGGCCUGUUCGUGCUAGAGGACGGUGUGCUGGAAGCUCUCAAAGCAGACAAGUACGAGGAGCGAGUCGUGCAGACCUACACACAGCCUGGCAGUAUCUUUGGUGAGCUGGCGGUGGUCCAUCAGGCCCCUCGUGCUGCGACCGUGGUUGCGCGAACUGAUUCGAUGAUUUGGUCUGUCAGCAGACAGACCGUCCACGCGAUCACUUGCUCGUACCAGGAGGCAAAGCGGAAGUACUACGAUCGGAAGCUGCUGUCCGUCGAAGUGCUUCAGCCCCUCAAUGAGGAAGAGCGUCAGCAGGUCAUCGAAUGUCUGAGGACUCGUCUUUACGACCCUGGCCAAGUCAUCAUCCGAGAAGGCGAUGAAGGACACGAGUUCUUCUUGCUGCUAGAGGGGGAAGCCAUCGCGUCGAAGAACGGCCGCGAUGUCAAGACCUACCAGCCAGGGGACUACUUUGGAGAGCUGGCGCUCAUGUACGCCAGUCCCCGCGCGGCCACCGUGACUGCCGUGAGCGACUGCACCCUCGCCGUUCUGGCAGAGGAGGAGUUCCGCAGGUUGCUCGGUCCCCUCGCCAAAUUUCACGAUGCCGAGAACAGUGCAACUUCUCGUUGGUCUUCCUCCUCACCGCGGCGGUCCGGUGAUUGGGAAGGUGACUUACGGCGGGCUUCAAGCACUCGAAGCACUGUAGCAGGAUGCCGUGAAUGCUUUGAUGAGCACCCCGCGCGCAGCUCGUAUUCGACAGCCGGUCGACCAUCCAGAUUGUCGUGCCGUUGA